AUGCCUCGCCCCAGUACCCGCCGCGCCUACGUGCCCAAAAUGAUAAUCCUGCACUACCACAACGGGCAGCUCGGGAACCCGUUCUCGGACCGCGAGAUUGACGAGCUGUUUCCCCGCACUGUACGCCGGCUUUUCCAAGCCCCAAUCGAGCAAACGGAUGGGAAAAAGAAAGAAAAGGAAGAUGUACAGAUGAUUGAGAGAGGGGAGGGGCUGAGGAAGAGAAAGCGGGAGGAGUCGGCGAGGGAGGUGUAUUGGGAUGGGAAUUGUCUGAGGUGUAGGAGUGCGGGGUGGGGGGUUGAGGGAAAGUAG